AUAAAAUUUGUUUCACAAGCAACCGAAGCAUAACAUGCAAACGGAGCAUUAUGUAAUUAAUAAAAAUUACGAAAAUUUACCGAGCACAAGCAAGCAACAAACUAGUGAUCUGGACAUUGGUAAUUGUCAAGGAACAGAAAAUUUUCACCGAUUUGUUGUUGAAACAUUAAUAUCUUUAAAAUUGAAAGUCAAUGCAGUAGACAGAAAUGUAAAACUUCUUUUGCAUAAACGGUCAGUUCCUACUAUUGACACAGAAGAAGGGGAAGAUGACAUUUUUCAGAAUUUAUCAGUUAAAAGUGACAAUGAACUUGAAAUAAUAGAAACAAAGUUAAAGAAUGACUCAACUUAUAGAAAAAAUAUGAUUAAACAAUUGGUUCGAGUUGUAUGCGAGGAUUUAAAAACAUCAUGUAUAAGAUUAAUGAGACAAAUCUUCAGCAAUGAAUUAGCCAUGAAAUACAGCUGGUAUGGAGCGAAAAAGAAAAAUAUCUUCAGCAACUUACAAUUGUGUAAAGUAAUUAUAUGUGUGAUAAGAAAGUCGCAUACAACUGCAACAGAUGAACAAAUUUCUGCUCCCAUCAAGAUCUGGCUGGCUCAUGCAAAGGAACGUGCAAAAAAACAAAAAAUAAUUGAGUUAUUUUAGAUUUUAC